CAGGCAAGAAGAAAAGGGAGAUGAGCUGCCUGCUGUCGCCGCGCGUAACUUCUCCACGCGUGCACACGUGCGUGCGACGGCGGCGGCUGUGCUGCUAGCUUGAAACUGAGCGCAACGAAGGCGCGCGUUUUACUGGGGAGGUGGAGGCAGCGGGCGCCGGCUGCUGUGGCUCGUCGCGGCGCGUGCCCUGGGAUCGCCACGGGAGAGAGUUACACCUGAGAGUGAGAGGAGCGAGCUGGAGGGCCACCUGCUCAACAAACGCACAGAGAAAGAGACAGCUGGAGGGAGACAAACCCUCAGAGGCAGAGUGAGAGGGAUGCAGCGGAGGGGCAGACGCGUCGAACAGAACCUCACCUACACAGAGGAGAUGGCAAAGGAGGAUGCAGGCAAAGCUACCUCCCGGAAGCACAGCCUAGCACAGUGGCGAUUGCAGAACUUGAACCAUGAAUCUGUGGACAGUUCAGAUGAGGAAUUCUUUGAUGCAAGAGAGGAAGUAAUGGAUGGUAAAAACGUCCUCUUGCUUGGCAUGAGCCAGUGGAACUCCAAUGACCUGGUUGAACAGAUAGAAACCUUUGGCAACAUUGACCAAUCACAAGAAAGUCUGUACAGAGUGUCACUUAGUAGGCCACGCUGUACUGCUCAAAGCAGCAUUGAUGGCGUCGAGGACAGUGAGAUGAAAUGCAAGACACACAUGCUUAUACUUGUCCUCCAUGGGGGAAGCAUCCUUGACAGUGGAGGAGGAGACCCAAGUGCCAAGAUGGGAGAUCUCAACAUGUUGAAUUCUGUUUUUGAAAAGGUAACACAGGCACACUUUCCUGCUGCAUAUGGGCAUAUCCUCCUGAAGCUGGUACCUUGCCCCGCCAUUUGCUCAGAUGCCUUUGCACUAGUCUCCAACUUGAAUCCAUACAGCUAUGAUGAGAGCUGCCUUUCCAACAGUAUUGACCACAUACCCUUAGCUGCCCUGCCUCUUCUCGCCAUUUCAUCUCCUCAGUAUCAAGAUGCUAUUGCCACAGUGAUUAGUCGAGCCAAUCAGACUUAUCAUGAUUUUCUUAAGUCCGAAGAUGGUACAGGGUUCAGUGGACAGGUGUACCUGAUUGGUGACUGCAUUGGUGGAAUCCUUGGCUUUGAUGCUCUUUGUUUCAGCUACAGUCCAAGAGGGGGCAGCCAGAUCAGCAGUCAACAUGACAGUAUGGAUAGUUUGCAGGACAACCCAGGCUUUUCAGGAGAUGCAAGUCCAAAACUGAGUUCCAGCAAACGACUCAGCAAGAGCAACAUUGAUAUUUCAGGACUAACAGAAGAAGCCACUUCACCCAGACAGCCACUUGCAAGAAAACAAAGCGACUCUUCAACCUAUGAUUGUGACAACUUCACUCAACAUCACACAUUUCUCACAAGUCUGCUCCAGGAAGAUUCAGAUCUUCGACAGGGAAGCAGCUCUAGCCUUCUUAUUUCAAGCCCCGGAAAAUUUGAUUUUGAAAUAUCAGACUUCUUCAUUUUUGGAUCUCCUCUGGGACUUGUGCUGGCAAUGAGAAAGACUGUACUGCCAGGAGUCCAAGUGACUCAAGUUCGACCAGCUUGCAAUCAGUUGUACAGCCUGUUUCACCCAGCUGAUCCAUCAGCCUCACGCCUAGAACCUCUUCUUGACUCUCGCUUCCAUGAGCUAGCCCCAUUUGCUGUACCACGGUAUCAGCGUUAUCCCCUCGGUGAUGGAAGGUCUCAUCUUCUUGCUGAUGCAAUCCACAUCAACCAAUCUCUCUUUGUGGACUCUAACUUGCCUCAACUGCCUAGUGCACCAGCUUCUCCCAACAUAGCAGACACUCCAUAUUCCAGAAGGAGUGUUCUCCGCAAAGCUAGCCUUACAAGCAUUGGCAGUGAGGCAUCUGGAUGUUCAGUCAGUCAACUUGCCAACAUCAUCUCAAACAUCUCCAGUUCUUGGUGGGGAUCAAAACGUCUUGACUACGCUCUCUACUGUCCGGAUGUCCUUACAUCUUUCCCCACAGUGGCCCUGCCUCAUCUUUUCCAUGCUAGCUAUUGGGAGUCAACAGAUGUGGCAGCAUUUGUGCUCAGACAGAUGAUGCGUUGUGAAUGUGUGAAUACAGAGGAGGUGGACAGUUCAGACUCCGCACCAUUCUCACCCUCGAGUCCGAGAGAAAAGUGGCUUCGCCGACGCACUCAUGUUAAACUGCGAAAUGUCACAGCCAAUCACAGAGGAAAUGAUAUCAUCUCAACAGAGGAUGGACCACAGAUAUUGGUUGGCCGAUUCAUGUAUGGACCCCUUGAUAUGGUCACGUUAACUGGGGAAAAGGUCGAUAUUUUCCUGAUGAUCCAGCCAGCAUCUGGGCGGUGGGUGCAUUUUGGCACAGAAGUUACCAACAGCAAUGGCCGUAUCUCUUACACUAUCCCUGACAGCAAAAAAUUGGGAGUUGGAGUGUACCCAAUUAAAAUGAUUGUCAAGGGAGACCAGACAUCUGCGGAAGCCUUCCUCACAGUGCUGCCACGUGGUAUGGAGUGUGUCGUGUUCAGCAUUGAUGGAUCAUUUGCAGCCAGUGUUUCCAUUAUGGGCAGUGAUCCCAAGGUUCGGGCAGGAGCUGUUGAUGUUGUCAGACAUUGGCAAGAAUUGGGUUAUCUGAUCCUAUAUAUUACUGGGCGUCCAGAUAUGCAGAAACAGCGGGUUGUGUCCUGGCUCUCACAGCAUAACUUUCCCCAAGGGAUGAUCUUUUUUUCAGAUGGAUUGGUCCAUGACCCAUUGAGACAGAAAACUAUCUUCCUCCGCAAUCUUGUCCAGGAGUGUCACAUUAAAAUUAGUGCGGCUUAUGGAUCCAUGAAAGAUAUUUCUGUGUACAGUGGGCUGGGCCUCUCUUCUACACAGAUUUUCAUUGUUGGGCGUCCAUCUAAGAAAUAUCAGAACAUCUGCCAGUUUCUGAGUGAAGGAUAUGCAGCACAUCUUGCUUCCUUAGAGUUUGGACACCGCUCCCGUCCCAAAAAGACCUCUGCAAGGAUGGUUCUACGAAAAGGAAGUUUUGGGCUAUCUGCACAGCCAGACUUUCUCCGUAAAAGGACCCACCUAAGGCGCACCAUGUCUGUGCAGCAGCCUGAUCCUCCCGCCACUCCUAAUCCAAAGCCAGAACGAGCUCAGAGCCAGCCGGAGUCAGACAAGGAUCAUGAACGGCAGCAAGUACCUGGGGUGUGGGUACGAGGGGCAAGCCACCGUGGAGACACCACUCCUUAAUGCAGAAUGAGCACGGCAAAGGUUAUAAAAGAUAAGAAGAAAGAGGCAUGGGAUGAGCUCCAGAUAUGUCUUAUGUACAAGGCAACAUAAAAACCCAUACUGUCUAGAAAUCCUAUGAGUGAAAGACAUGUCCUUAAAGAGUGUUCUGCUUUAUUGAUUUUAAAGGGUUUUAUUGUCUUUUGCUUAUUCCAGGUGUUUGAAUGGGACAUGUUCACCAACACUCUCCUAACAAUUUAGUGCAAUAAAUGUUUAUCCUGACAGGCACACUUCUUAAUGGGGUGCAAUGUAAACUCUUUCAAAUGUAAAUCCAGUCUACCAGCAAAGUUACACUUAGAAAAUAUACUUGUACAAGAGUCUGAAAGAAAUAUUUUAAAAAGUUAUCCCUGUAGUUUAAUGAAGGCAAGGUUCAAGUGACAUAUUCAAACACCGCAAUAUUUAUCUAUUACAGUUUAUCAGGAAAAAAGAAAUAAUUAAUUGUUGCUGGAAUUAUACUCACUGGCGAUGUGUCUGGUUGUUUUGUACUCAGUGAUAUUUGGAUCUACAUGUUUGGUGUUUUUCAAGUUGUCAUAUUCCAAGUGGGACCUAUCGCUGUCUUUAUUUUGGAAACAAAAUAAUUAUAGACACAGUAAGAACUGUCAGGCUGAGACAUUACAUUACAGUGGUAAUUGAAAUGAGUGUGACAGUUGCAUUAAGGUGGGCUAACGUCCAGGGCUUCACUGUUACGAGAAGCUACAACAACCCCAAUCAAGAGGUUUGUUAGCUGCCCAGAUAGAUGGAUGGUAUUGAUGGCUUUACAUAUCCUUAAUUAUAGGCCCUUAAAAAGGUUCGGCAUUCGGAAAACGUGUGUCAAAAUGCAGGUUUAGCCACGUUUCAGCUCUGCAGUUUCAUGUGAACCUGCCAUUAGAAGAGAAGAAGUGGAAAAGGCAGAUUUUAACAAGAGCCGUUCCACAGUUCUCUUCCUACAAUGAGGCAAAAGAGCUGCCACAGAGAGUGCUGUGCAGUCAGUCUUUGUGCUAAAACAUGCAAAAGUCCUAAUCACCUGAAAAUGGGGUCAAGAAGUGAAAGGCAAAAUAACCACAGAUAGUAAACAGCCGGAGAUGUCCAGUGUGCUUUGAACAGUCGUAUUUAUCUUGUUCGCUUCUGACUAUAUUAUUAUAAUGUGGAAAGACAGUCAGAUUUAUUUAUGAUCUAAUUGCUUGAC